AUGGCAUUCGAUGGCUCUUUGGUUGUUAAACCAAUUUUCCCAGUUUCAAAGAAGAGCAAAUAUGGAGAAUAUAACCUUAUCACGACAGUAAGCGGCGAUUUGUUCAUAACACUCCAUGAAGGGACGGAAAAUGAACUGCAAUGCUUUGGCUACCAAACCGAUUACUUAAAGGCUUUUCUGUACUAUUUAUUUUGCCUACUGACACUUAGUAUCUUGUGGUUGGUUGGCUAUUGGCGUCCUGAUUGGAAACAUAAACUCACUCAUAAAGCUUGUCCUUUGGCAAAAGCAGAUUCUGUGCUCAUUCGUGACCCAAAUAAUCAGCACCAUCCUGUUAAAAUUGAAAUUUUCAAAGAUCAUCCACGAAGAACUGCCGAUGUGGAGGAAGAAUCAUCUCAAGGUAGUGCUUAUGACUUCAUCACAGACAGUUCGUUGCCUACAAAAUCCAAAUUUUUCGAAUUUCGUUUUGUUCGCUAUUUCUGGGAUGAAAGUAAGAACACAUUUGUUCCACUCAGGGGUCUCGAUCAAAACUUAACAUUUCAAGAGAUUCGAAGUCAACUUUCACAUGGACUCUACGAAGGUCAAGCAAAACGAAGAAUGCUUAUUUUCAAGAAGAACUUGAUUGAUAUUAAAGUUAAAAGGGCAGUUUUCAUCGUGUCUAUCUUUUCAAUUACCGUUUCAGCAAUUCUAACUCGACAGAAUUGCGUGCGAUUAAGAAAAUUAGCAACAUCUUCAUCGCUGAUAACAGUUUUGCGACUUGAUUCCGAUGACCCACAAGAAAUUUCGAGUACUAAUUUGGUGCCAGGGGAUCUAAUUGUAAUUCCACCUGAGGGAAUGACAAUGGAAUGCGAUGCUAUCCUAAUUACUGGCAACUGCGUUGUGAAAGAAGGUUUCCUGACAGGUGAAAGCGUUUCUACUGUCAAGACCCACAUUGAUGACUCUAAAGCCAGAUCUACUUACAAUCCAAUCAUUCACACAGAAUACACUUUAUUAGCUGGAACACAAGUUAUCCAAGCGAGAAGCACUGAUUCGACACAAGUUUUAGCUGUUGUUAUGCGUACUGGAUUUUAUACGGUCAAGGGUGGAUUAGUGCGCGAUAUCUUGUAUCCAAAGUCAAUGGAUACAGAACUAUAUCGCGAUGCUUGUCGUUUCUUAGGCCUUACGGUCGUCAUAGCUUUGUUAGGAAUCAUCUACUCUGCUGCAGUCCUCUGCGCUAAUCGGGCCACUACAAAGAAUAUCGUUUUGAGAACUAUCGAUAUUAUUACUAUUGCAAUUCCACCACAACUACCAAUAGCACUCUCCAUUGGUGUCUCAUUCGCAUUAAAUAGAUUGAGAAAAGCGGGUAUAUUUUGUAUCAAUCCAUCUAGGAUAAAUAUCAGUGGAAAGAUAAAUCGCAUCUGUUUUGAUAAGACGGGAACUUUAACUGAAAAUGAUAUGGAAUUUUCUGGAAUAAUAUCAGUGAUAAAUAGGAGAUUCAUCGAAUUUAAUCCAGAAAUGCACUUUAAUCCAUGGAAUCCAGUCGGAAUUGUCAUGGCUACUUGCCAUUCUAUCGUUUUAAUGAAAGAUGGUGAAUUAUGUGGUGCUCCAAUGGAAAUAGGAAUGUAUCGCAACACGGAAUGGACACUCCAUGAAAUAGAAAGCGGCAACAAAAAAUAUAAUGUACCUAUAGAAUCAGUUUUGAGACUAUCAACCUAUACAAAAGCGCAAUGUGGACCAACAGAAAUUGGAAUAUUGAAGCGAUUCCAUUUUUCCCCAGAACUAAGGCGAAUGUCUGUUGUAAUUAUGACACCCGAGGAAAGAAAAUUAUAUUUAACUAUGAAAGGCGCUCCAGAAACUGUUAUCCGAUUUUGCAACGAGGAAACCGUACCAUAUGAUUUUACCCGAAUCUUACGAGAGUAUACAACUCAUGGCUAUCGCGUUAUUGCCCUAGCUCAUAAGCAGCUAGAAUCUGAGAUAUUACCAGAAAACAUUUCACAGUUGUCCAAUCAUGACCUGGAAAAGAACAUGACUUUCGUUGGAUUACUUCUUUUCCAAAACAAGUUAAAGGCAGAAAGUUCAGAAGUUAUCGAGCAACUUAUUCAUGCUAAUAUCCCUGUUAAUAUGAUAACUGGCGACCAUUUGGAAACUGCCAUAGAUACAGCUAGGAAAUGCAAUAUUAUACAACAAGGUAGCAGUAUUACGUGUAUUGACAUCGAUGAAGAUGAUAACGAUUAUGAAAAGGAAUUGGAAAAAUUACUGCAGCAAUUAAAACUUUUGGAAGAUGAUCGGGAUGUGAAACAAGAUCUCAACUUUCGUACGAAUAAUAUUGCCUGCACUGGCAGGACAUUAAAUGUUUUACUUCAGUACAGACCUGAUUUGUUUUUCAAGUUUAUAUCUCAAGGUGUCGUAUUUGCUCGUAUGUCCCCUGUGGAUAAAGCACAACUAGUAGAAGGUUUAGUUGAAUUAGGAAAUUAUGUUGCAAUGUGUGGCGAUGGUGCUAAUGAUUGCGGAGCAUUAAGCGCUGCACAUAUUGGUAUAUCAUUAAGUGAUACUGAAGCAUCUGCAGUUUCACAAUUUACCUCUAAGAUUUCCAACAUCUCAUGCGUCUUAGAUGUUAUCAGGGAAGGGCGGGCAGCCUUGGCAACAUCUGUCUGUAUUUUAAUGUAUGUACUAAUCACCGCAAUAGCAGAAUUAAUGGCUGUGUUACUUUUAUACUGGACCAGCAGCAAUUUCUCAGACUUGCAAUUCCUAUACUUGGAUUUAUUUCUUUCUUUUAUGUUGAUUAUCACAAGUCAAGCUAUUGCUUACAUAUUCUUAAAAUCAGUACCAUGGUACAAAUAUUCUGUCCCAUUAUCCAACGGAUCCAUUAGGGAAUUUACUUUGGAAGGCACUACACUGUUCUACUAUGUUUCAUAUCAGUUUAUAUGGAUAGCAGUGAUUCUAACACCAGGUCCACCUUUUCAAAAUAAGAUGUAUAAAAAUUGGUCAUUCAUAUUAGCUCUUAUAAUUACUCUUGCCGUCUCUACUGUUUUACUGUUUCAUCCUGGUAUUGCAGCAAAUUCGUUAAAGCUAAAAGCAAUUCCCGAUGUCAUAUAUAAAAUUCUAAUCCUUAUUAUGGGAUUCGUGUACUUCACGCUUUCGUAUGCAUUCAAGGAAUUUGUGAAUACGGUGGUUAAGACGAUGUUCAAGUUAGAUCCGUCUUCUUAA